UCAUUUCGGGGCCAAACAAAUGCUUGUGUUAUAUUUCCGGCCUGCGAGGGAAUAAGACUGAAAGUACUUAUAUUGACGUGUCUUGCAGCCUACCCUAGCCCAUAAACUAUUUUGUAUGAAUCUCAAUUUCAAUUGCAUCUUUGCAUACCAUCAGCACUCGUCCAAUCAUCAAUGUCUCCAACAGUCCUGCCGUCUCGAGAACGAUGCACCCAUACCACUGACAACACCCAACAAUGCCAGUGUCCGUGGUUCGCGUCGCCUCCAUUAGACCCGUACAUCUGCGGUCAGUGCGGACACGGUAUUCACGCCCAUGUCGACUACGUUUCGAUGGUCGUGAAUCAUCAUCCCCCAGCUCAAUGUGCCGCGUAUGUCCAAAAGAUGCCUCUUGCACAACGUUGCACGUGUGAAGCUCAGCUUUGCGAUCACGUCGCCAUCAAUAACCUGUUUCGUCAUGCGGAUCCGUCGAGCGUGUUGGACAAUUCCCCGGGAAAUAUCGACACUUUUCAUAGUGUCGAUGUGAUCAGCUUUUCCAACGACGUCGUCAACAGUACAUUCACGCCGUUCGUCAAUUCUAGGGCCCUUCGGCCAGCCACACCCCAUCCGGCAUUCAAUCGGAUGUCACUCAGGUCCAGGCUUAUAACCCAGACCAUUACUUCGUCCAAUACCCAGGCUAUUCCAUGAACAGUCCCUAUGCUUAUCAGCCGGACGGCGGUACGACGGGCGAGAAUUUUGGUUAUCAGUAUCAUUCACCAAACACUGAGGCUGGUU